GUUCCUGACCGCCUCCGGAGUCUCGGUGCUCCCCGGUGACCUUUCGCAGCUGCCCACGGCCGCGCCCAUCUGGGGCCUGGCGCGCGCGCUGCGUGCGGAGCGGCCGGAUCUGAAGGUGGCGGUGAUGGAUGUGGAGAAGUUGGAGUUGGAGCAGCUCCAGUCUUUGCUGCCCUUGAGCUCCGUCGACCCCGAGCUGGCCCAGCGCACGGCUAGCGCCCUGGCGCCGCGCUUGGUGGAUGCCACCGGGCAGAUGCCUGAGGCCACGAAAGCCAGCUUCGAGGGCUGCCACGUGCUGAGCGGCGGAACGGGGGCCUUGGGUCUGGUCUUCGCUACCUGGAUGGCGGAACGUGGAGCCACGCAUUUGGCGCUCAUGUCACGCUCCGGACGUGUCACAGAUGAGUCCCUCAACGGCCUCUUUGACAAGGUUCAAAAACUGGCUGAAGUCUCGGUCUUGAAGGGCGACAUCGCCAAGCAGGAGGACGUGCUGAAUGUGAUGCAACAGGCCGGCAAGCUGGGCAGUGUGAAGGGUCUGUGGCAUGCGGCUGGAAUUCUCGACGACCACCUGAUGGCAGACUUGGAACGGGAGCACUUGGAGCAAGUGCUUUUGCCAAAGAUGGAUGGCACGCUUCACUUGCACAACAACGCCAAAGAUCUGAAGUUGGACUUGAGCCACUUUGUGUUGUUCUCUUCGGUUGCCUCUAUGCUUGGCACUGCGGGACAGGGGAACUACUGUGCUGCGAACGCAUUCCUUGAUACCUUUGCGGCCUAUCGGCGUCAGAUGGACCUCCCAGCAGUCUCAGUUCAAUGGGGACCAUGGGCAGAGGUGGGCAUGGCCGCACGCGCUGGCACCUCAGAAAGCGUGGUGUUGCGCAUUGCUUUGGCGGAGGGGUUGCAAGCCAUGGAGACCAUCCUGGGUGCGCAAGUGAGCAGCCACUUGGGCGCCUAUGUGGGCGUGGCGCGCAUCAAGUGGAAGUCCUACCUGGCGCAGAUGCCCAAAUUACCCAGCUUUUUGGAGAAUUUCCAGCAGUACGCUCCGAAGGAUGCCAAGAAGGGUGGUCUUGUGGCCAAGGGUGCGGCUCCUUCCAGAGAUUUGGUGCGCAGCGGCAUCGAAAACGUACUGAAGGAAGUCUUGGGCGACGACUCCUUGGAGGACUUCUCAUCCCCCUUGAUGGACAUGGGCCUGGAUUCGCUGGCAGCAGUGGAAUUCAGGAACCGUGUGCAGGCCUCCUUCGAAGGCGUACGUUUGAGCUCCACUGUGAUGUUCGACUACCCAACAGUGGCCGAUCUCACGGACUUCAUCCUCUCGCAGUUCGCCCCGGACGAUGCGGACGAUCAGCUGCUGGCAGGCGGCGACCUGUCGGCCACGCGCGAGCCCUUGACUAUGCUGGGCAUUGCAGGGCGCUAUCCGGGCAUGAGCGCGCAGAACGACGUGUCGGAGUUCUGGAGCUUUUUGCUCAGCGGUCGGGAUCCCAUCAGUGAAAUCCCCAUCGAACGUUUCGACGUGGACGAGCUCUACGACGAAGACCGGGGCGUGCCCGGGAAGGUCUACGUGCGCGAGGGCGGCUUCAUCCCUGGGGUGGAGGAGUUCGAUGCAGCUUUCUUUGGUAUUGCGGAGCCGGAAGCACGAUCCAUGGACACGCACCAGAGGUUGCAGACAGAGACCGCGUACGAGAGUUUCUACAACAGCGGCUUCACCAAAGAGACGUUGGCGAACGUGGAAUGCGGUGUCUUCAUGGGUUGCUGCACUCUCACAGGAAUCACGGUGGAGUACGAGGACAUCGGCCCCUUCACAAACAUCGGCUCCGGUCUCAGCGGCAUGUCUGGACGUAUCUCCCAUGCGCUGGGGCUCAGAGGCCCCUGCUUCACCAUCGACACAGCCUGCUCAUCGACUUUGGUGGCCAUGGACUGCGCUGUCCAAGCAUCAAGGUUGGGUCGCCAAGAGCUAGCUUGCGUGGCGGGCACCAACUUGCAGUUGCGAACGGACAUGUGGGUUGGUUUCUGCAAGAUGACGGGCCUGGCUGGGGACGGUCGCUGCAAGACCUUCGACGCCUCCGCGGACGGCUUCGGGCGCUCGGAGGGCUCCGGGGCGGUGAUCCUCCGCCUCAGGGCUGCAGCCGGUGCCAAGGGCGAGACGGCGUUGACCUUGACCCGUGGAAGCUGCGUGAACCAGGAUGGUCGCUCGGCCACCAUCACAGCCCCCUCGGGACCUGCACAGCAGCGCGCCCUGCAGAACUCCUUGCGGGACUCGGAGCUGUCCGCCUUGGAGGUUUCCCUGGUGGAGUGCCACGGAACAGGUACCGCCUUGGGAGAUCCGAUUGAAGUGGGAGCGCAAGAGAAAAUCUAUGGCAAGGACCGUGCCGACCAAGAUCAGCUGAUUCUGGCGGCCUCCAAAUCGGUCAUCGCGCACCUGGAAGGCGCAGCGGGCGUCGCCGGCAUCACCAAACUGGUGAAGAUGCUCGAGCACAAGACGGUGCCACCCAAUUUGCAUCUCAAAAAGUUGAAUCCAAACAUUGAUCUCUCCAACUUCGCUUGCUGCAUUCCGGACAAGCUGAUGGAUUGGAAGGUGGCUGGCAGCCGCUGCGCUGGUAUUAGCUCCUUUGGUUUCAGUGGAACCAACUCCCACGUGAACCUUCAGGAGGCGCCGGACUCGGAGCUGGACGCCACGCUGCAACAGCUGGCGGAGCGGCCAAUGAUGACCUGGAGCCGAACGGACUUGUCCUACAAGGACUGGGCGAAGCAGCUCUGGUGGGGCAUCUCCUGGCAAUCAGUGGCAAGUCCUACAGAGACUUCUGUGGCGGCAGAGGACUGGCUGGUGCUGGGGGGCGGUCAGACUGUCGCAGAUGCCGCCGCAAAGGUGCUGCCGAAGGCCACUGUUGUGGGCAUGGACCGUUUGGCCAGUGCAGCGGAGGUCGACAAGCUUCUGUCAGAGCAGUCCUGGUCGUGCCUCGUCUUUGCGGAGGCUCUGCAGGCAGAGGAUGCUACCUUGGAAGGUCCAACCUUGGCUGCGUUGUUGCGCCUGGUUCAAGGCCUCACCUCCCGGCCUGCCAUCAAGUUGGCCCUGCUGACCAGCGGUGCCCAGUCUGCCGUUAGCGGCGAAUCCAUGGCCCGCGGCGUGUUGGGUGCUGCGGUGUGGGGCUUCGGACGUUCCGUGCGGCUGGAAGUGCCACACGUGCAGCUGAAGACCAUCGACCUGCCUGCAGACCAGUCUCUGGCGGAGCUUUUGCCAGUGGAAGCCCCGCUGCAAGGGGCGGGCAUGGAACUGGCAGGACUCAACACUUGGUCCAGUGAUGAGGAGAGGGCAGCAGAGCAAGCUGAGGUGGCCUACAUCGCCGGCGAGCGUAGCGUGCCGCGCCUGCGCGUGACGCCGGUGCCGGCGGGCACCAAGAAGCUGCAGAGACUCGGCAGCAAUUUUUUUGGGGGAGUUGGGGACCCCGAAAAUCCAUUGAUUUAUAGAUAUUUGGGGGUAGAGCCGAUUAAUAUAUUUAUGUUAAUUGGUAGCUGA